AUGUGCAUCAGCUCCAUCGGCACCGUCAUGCCACAGUCGAUUUUCACGUUGCGUGCAUCGAUCCCUGGCUCACGGCCCGCGCAGCAGCAGCAAGGCGAGCACCGCGUGCGCAUUGAUGACGACGACGCAUCGUCCCUCGAGCUGGAGGAUAUGGACGACGCCGAUGCGGAGCGCCGACCGCUGCACCCGCAGUCCAUGUCGGCUCAGGCAACCCCGGCUCCCAUCAGCAGUGAUGAUGAUGACGACGACGAUGGUGACAGCGUGAACCUUGCUGCACGCAUGGUCAACACCAGCGUGAGCAGCUUGAGCACAAACAGCAGCGGCAGCGGCACUGUUGCGUUUUCGUCGCGAUCUGCAACUCCUCGUCAAGUCGACACAGAGGUCAUCCGAGGUAUGUGA